AUGGAUCUGCGCGCAUCUGCCACCGAGGCCGAAGAUGUGGCGGCCGGCUUCACCCUCUUUCGUGCCCCUCUGCCCGAACACGAGGCCGAGAUUACUGAUCUCAUCGCCGACUUGUACACCAUCAGUUCCUCGCUCCGUAGACUAGAUGGUCUCAUCCAAGGAUCCCGCUCGCACUCGCAAUUGGCGCAUCGUCGUGCGCGAUGUCGCCUUGCUCCAUAUACCGUCGAGGAUAUCUUCGGCGCGUUGGGCCGUUUAAAUGGUCGUGCGGCCCCGCCUGAUAAGUACAGAGAGGCAUGGCGUACUAUGGAACUGUUCUGCUGGGAAGAGUCUAAAACUUCUCUCCGAAUGCGACUGGCGAGGUAUAGGGCCUUCCUUGGGGAACUCGGCGAUGUCAUGCAAAACAAAACCCAAGAUUUCCCCCUCCUAGAUGCCCAUCGCGAGAAUCUCAAGAUGUUGGUCGCGACACAGGAACGCCAACGGGUGACUGAUCGGUUUGGACGUAUGUCCUUUGGUCGCAAUGCCAAUGCCCCAUCUACUGGCAGUGGUAGUGGCCACAGUACCGCACCCAGCAGCCCUGUCAGUGAUCGACGUCCACGACGUGGCUCGUUCGAGCGUACUCGCCCUGCACACCGCUCUCCCCAGUCUCCUCAGUCUCCUCUAUCGCCAGGGUUUGGUAGAUUCGAGAUUCCUAUUCCACCACUAGCCCCAGAGGCCCCGAGCUCGCCGCUCACCGGAUCAGCAUCUGCAACCACCAACACCAGCCAAUCGGUUCGUUCCGAUGUCAUACAGAAUCACUGGAUUAAAGAUGCUUUCGAUGCGUUCAACUCGAAAACAGAACUAUCGUUUCAUGAUGAAGAGAUCGGAUGCUUCGGAAAACCCACACCAGGAAUCAAGGAGCAGCUUGCCGAAGAUGGCUUUGAUCGACUGUUGCGACUGGACUUUGACGACGGAUCCGACAUAACCGUCUAUUAUUACUUGAGAGAGACCGACAACCGCACACGUAUUAUCAUCCGGGCACGAGAAGACCAUGGCAAUGAGUACUAUUGCUUGCCACUCAACAUGCUGGAAAUAAUCCGCUCAGGCUCGUCACUACAACUCUGCCGCAGACGCAACUCUGGAAAAGAGCUCCAUGCGUGGGCUUCUUUGGGCUUCGACACAAUCGAAUCGAUGGUGGAAUUCUUUUGUGUAUUCCUGGCGCUUCGUUCCCAAGAUACAACCAAAGCCCUUCCAGACAUCCGCGAUUAUGAACUAGAAGGGGAAGAAGAGGUAUACGGAGGUCAAAUACUGGAUGACAGCCAGAGACGUGCAUUGCGCGUUUACCGGGACAAGAAGACAAAGGCUGUUCGAUUUCAAUCGUCUGUUCUCGGGGGAGAGACGGACAAGGCUCCUGUUUGGACUGCUUUCGUUACCUCGAACAUUGGUCGACGUGGCUGGCUCCGUUCCAUUGACCCGAGAACCAUCCUAGUCCGUGACCUAAGACCAUUGGUUCUGCUACCUGCCGAAGAAUAUACGCUGCCUCAGCUGGAAACCGGCCAGCAUGUGCUGAGAUUCAUAACGCCUCAAGAUGCCGAAACAUUCCUGGAUAGCAUCGAGGACCUGGCCGAAAAGAAGACCCGCGGAGUUCGCUAUGUUUAG